AAGAACAGUAUCUAAAAUGAAAGAACGCGUGCUGACGUUCCUCCCAGCCAUCCUGGCAACUCUACCCGUCUGCCGCGCUCGGAGCUUCGACCCCCGCACCCUCCCGGACCCCAGCCAUGAUUUCGACCCCUACCAGCCCGGACCCCACGACCUCAUCCACUUCCAAGUCAAAUCCCUGUUCACGGCGGGUCUCAACCAAAGUCUGGACGUGUGGGUACCUUCCAGUCCCGGGGAAUAUCCGCUCAUGUACUUUCUAGACGGGUUCGCCAUGGGGACACCUCCAUCAGCGUAUGCUCAGGUCCUGAGUCACGUGGCCUCGCAUGGGGCAGUCGUCGUGGCGCCAUGGGCUAUGACUAUGGCGACACCGGAGCACAAAUUGCCGUCCUUGAUCACCACCAUGGGCUGGGCGGAAGAGCAGCUGGUGGAGAAGAUGGUUGAACAUGGAGUAGCAGAGGAAGUUGUGGUGGAUUUUGGGACGUUGUUGGGUGCAGGGCAUUCAGCAGGCGCUCACACGCUCGUCGCUCUCCUGAAGACUGAGGGCUGUGGGGCAUUCAAGGCUUUGGUGCUGCUGGACCCUGUCGACGGCGCGGACCCUAUGGGUAUUAUCCCUGAAUACUGCAUCACGCCGGGAGAACUACUCAACUUCGCUCUCCCGACGCUGCAUCUGGCGGCUGGGUUCGAUCCGGUUCCUGGUUUCUCCGGCUUAGCUUGUGCUCCCGACAACCUGAGCAACGAGAGAUUUUGGCACGCACUCCGCCCGGACGCCCACCGGUGGUCCAUCAACGCCACCGACUACGCCCACAUGGACUUCCUAGACCCCGACUACCGACAGAUGUCAGGCGAUUUCUGCGGCGCCAACGACCUCAUUGGGGAGCAAGACCUCUACACGUACCGAAAGUUUGUGGGAGGUCUCAUCACGACUUUCCUCAAGGCCUUGACGGAAGAAAACUGCGAGACAUACACGACCCUCCUGGAAGACACUUCAACCAUGUCAAUCAAUGCCACUUCGAGACAUGUUAACCCGACGAGCAGGUGUCCUCAUCUCUCUUGCUCUUGGGUCCCCGAGUCCACUGACGCCCCAUGGUUAUAGCUUAUUAGAUUAAACAAAUAAAAUGAAAUAAUGACAACAACAAUACACUAGAUACAGAUGAAAAAUAUACACACUCGACCCCCCCACCAAA